UGCUUUCUCGAAAUCGUAGUAUUUUGUUACAAAUAUAAUUUGCAUUAUCCUUUUUUUAUUUAAAACAGUGUAUUUCGUUUGUAGCCCUUAUCGCAAAAAUGAGAUAUAGAGAGCAGGAUUUUGACUGUGUUUUUCUAGAUAACUUCAUUCGUCACUAAACUGUGCGAUAUAACCUAACAUCUUGUAUACAAUGUCAUCAUUUGAAACAAAACUAUAUUAUUGAUAUUAGUUAAAAAUUAUGGCUUCUGAUUCGAAAAUAUUGUGUUUUCGUCAUUGUUGUUCAAAAAGCAUAUUCUGUAAAAUUGUUCCAGAAAUAUGCCCAAUUUGUCAAUUAUGUAUUACAGAAUAUAAAAUAAUGCCCUUUCGUGUUCCAUAUCCAUAUAAAAAUGCAGCGUGUGAACCAAAUUCUAUAGUUGUAAGACCAGCCAAUGGCAAUUUUUUAACUGAUUAUCAUAUCGUAAAUGAUUUGCAUAUAGGAAUAACUAACAUGAAUGGCAUUGUUUUUGAAUACGACAAAGAGGGUUUAAUACUAAAUGAUUGUUCAAGAUGGACAAAUUGUAUUGCGAUAAAUAUAAUCCCAUCAUCUUGGGACAAUCAUUGGAACGAAACAUUAAAAAUAAUGUUAAAAGACUCAAAAUGGAAAUCUGAAAAUUAUGAUGAAAUCUCAAUGAAUUGUUUUAACUUUGUUAUAGAGUUUAUAAAUAAUUUGAAAUAUAUGAAUAUGAACUUUACAAAUAAAGAAACUAUAUGCGAAAAGUUAAUAUUACCAAAACUUAGAGAUGCUCUUACAUAUAAUUUUUUAUUCAUGAAAUUAGAAAGUAAUGAAUUUUUUAUAUCUUAAGAAAAGUUCAUUUUCUAUAUUUACUUUUUACAUAGAUUUAUAUGUAUUAUUGAUAUUAUAUACAUUUCUAUGUAUUUGUCUUUUAAAAUUAUUAUUAGUAUAUUUUUUACACAUAUUAUAUAUUUAUAAUUAUUACAAUAAAUCAUUUAUUACAUAUUUAAUGAAA